UGACUCUUUCGCUGUUUUGCAAGGUUGUCCUAUUCCCACCUUCCAUCAUAACCCGAAGACACGUCUUUCACCAUGUCCGAGCCAACGAUCGCCCUUCGAUCUUUCGAGGCGCCAUCCGGUCCAUCCGAAGACCUGACCGCCAUUGAAAGUACGCUUGAUCAGCAGCCAUGGUUCUAGGCUCGAGCAACAUCUUCAGUUCAAGUAGAGGCCACAUCCGACAAGAUUUGACACGUGAUGACGAGGAGAAAGCGGUGAAGGCAGCUCAGCUGUCCGAUCAUGCCAAUGGGCCUUCUGCGGACAUCGACAGCCGUCAGACCACGGACGGGAUGAUGGUGCGACGUUGGAGAGAGUUCGAGCGAACCCUUAUUCGCUACAACUUCGAAGCACGCGGCAUCGAACGAGUCCUGCCAGAUCAGAGACAUGACCUACGUCAGCUUGGCUUCACACAGAUGUGUAUGCUCUGGUUCAGCGUCAACUUGGCAGCCAACAACUUGACCCUCGGAAUGCUUGGUCCGGCAGUUUACUACCUUUCCUUUCUCGACAGCAGCCUCUGUGCCGUAUUUGGGGCCAUCUUGGGAAGCCUACCGGUGGCCUACAUUGCCACUUUCGGUCCGGUAUCCGGCAAUCGGACGAUGGUCUUCGCUCGCUAUGUUAUGGGCUGGUGGCCGGCGAAGCUGAUUGUUAUUCUUACGCUUAUCAACUUGCUCGGCUACUCCCUCAUCGAUUCCGUCAUCGCUGGCCAAGUCCUGAGCGCCGUAAGCACAAAUAGCGAUCUUUCCAUUGUGGUCGGCAUCGUUAUAGUGGCCAUAAUCUCCUGGGUAGUGACUACGUUCGGUUACAGCAUCUUCCACUAUUACGAGCGCUAUGCGUGGCUGCCGCAGACGGUGAUGAUCUGCGUCCUUGCUGGUGUCGCCGGCCCGAAGUUUGACCUAUAUACCGACCCGUCUGCUGGGCUUGACAGCCGUACCAUUACUGGCAAUCGACUCAGCUUCUUCAGCAUCUGCUAUGCCGCUGGAGUCACCUACGCUUGCAUCUCUGCCGACUACUUUGUCUAUUAUCCAGAAAGGACCGCGAAGUGGAAGAUCUUUGCCAUAACCAUGACUGGUCUAACGCUUUCCUUUACGCCUAUGUUUAUCAUCGGUACCGGCCUGGCUUCGGGCAUCGCUUCGAACCCGGCGUGGUCCGAUGCUUAUAGCAUCUCUCAAGGUGCGCUUGCAGUCGAGGCCUUCAGACCGCUCGGCGGGUUCGGAUCCUUCCUAUCAGUAGUACUGGCGUUGGGCCUCAUUGCCAAUGUCAUCCCUCCGGUUUACUCUGCCGGCGUGGACUUUCAGGUUCUCGGUCGCUACUUCCAGCUCGUGCCCCGGAUAGUUUGGAAUACCGUGGGCACCGUCAUCUUCACCGUUUGCGCGAUCGCAGGCCGCGAGCAUCUGGCUGAGAUCUUCACGAACUUCCUGGCCUUAAUGGGAUACUUCGUCAGCAUUUGGAUCGCUAUUGUGCUUGAGGAGCAUCUGAUCUUCCGUGGGUGGAGAAAGCUCGGCUGGAACUGGGAGGCUUGGAACGACCGCUCCAAACUACCACUCGGCAUAGCCGCUUUAGUGGCGUUUCUCGUGGGCUGGGCUGGUGCUAUCCUUUGCAUGGCGCAGGUGUGGUACAUCGGGCCAUUAGCGGCUCUUGUCGGACAAUAUGGCGGCGACAUGGGCAACUACGUCGGCUUCAGCUGGGCAGCACUAGUGUACCCCCCACUCCGGUGGUUAGAGCUUCGCAGGUUCGGCAGGUGAUCGUAGGCUUGACGUUUAUCACACGCAGGGGUACAUUAGACUGGAUGAUAGACAGCGAGCCGUGUAAGCGUAUGAUAGCUGACGUCGCAAUCGCCGCAGCA